AUGGCCUUCAGUCUGGAACUUGCUAGAUCACGUGGAGCUCUGGCCCUUUUGUUCUGUAUACUAUGUAGUUUCACUAUCCUGGAGUUCUCCGUAUUCCGUCGAGAGCCUAUUUUCCAGCAUAAUAUCCCAGUUCAAACUGUUGAUGUGCUACUAUGGGCCUCCGUGAUGCUACUAUGGCUGGAACCUACUCCUUUCAUCGCCACACCUGUAUCGAAUCGAAUUGAAGAUUUCUUAGGCUACGCUACGCUCAUCUUUAACGACUCUAGGGCUUGGUCUUUGGAGAACCUAGAGAACCUAGUGGGGUCGAGAUUAAUACAAACAAUGGGCACAUGCGUUUCUGACUAUUUAUGGAAAACCAAUUGA